AUGAAUCCUCAGAGCUUGUUUGCUUCGGCUGCCAUUAACAUAGGCUUGGCCUUUGUUGUUCUCUCCCUCUUCUCUAUCCUCAAGAAACAACCCUCAAACGCUCCCAUAUACUACGCUCGUCGUCUCUCGAAAGGUCACAACAUUCACUUCCAUCACUCUCUCUCAAUCCAUCGUUUCUUCCCUUCCGUUUCCUGGAUUCCACGCGCUUUUCGCGUUACUGAAGACGAAAUCCUCGAAACCGGGGGCCUCGACGCUCUUGUCAUUAUCAGACUCUUUAAAUUCGGCAUCAAAUUCUUUGUUGUAUGCUCUCUUGUUGGACUGGCUGUACUUAUCCCAGUUAAUUACAAUGGCCAGGAUGGCUUAUAUCGAAGCUAUCAUUCCAUGGAUUCUUUUACAAUAUCUAACAUUAGUCGAGGUUCCAACAGGCUUUGGGUGCAUUUUUCAUGCUUAUGGUUUAUAUCUCUCUAUGGAUUGUACCUACUAUAUGAGAGCCAGGCAGAAUCUAUUGCAAGAAAGAUAAAGGACUUGAGAGAGAGGCCCACGGCUAACAAGCAUAAGAGAGAACGUUUGCUCUUGGAUGCAUCUCAAGAAUAUGCUAUAUCCUUGCAACAGGAAAAGCUUCAAGUAUUCUGCGAAAAGAUACGCCAGUUACAGCGUGAGAUUAUAAUCAAGCAAAAGGAGUUACCUGUUGCCUUCGUUAUAUUCAAGUCUCGGUGGGGUGCUGCACUAGCUGCCCAAUCUCAGCAGCACCCGCAUCCACUUCUAUGGAUCACUGAAAUGGCUCCAGAACCAAGGGAUGUAUCCUGGAGGAGUUUGGUGAUACCCUAUAGAAUAUUGUGGCUUUACAAAAUCGGGGUUGUUCUUGCAGCAUCACUUCUUACGAUUUUCUUUGCUAUCCCAGUCACUGCUGUUCAAGGAAUUGCCAGAUUUGAGAAACUAAAGAAAUGGUUUCCUCCAGCUAUGGCUGUACAGUUGAUACCAGGCUUAAGCUCAAUCUUGACAGGGUAUCUUCCUAGUGUCAUUCUCAAAGGUUUUAUAUACAUUGUCCCCUUUGCAAUGCUUGGGAUGGCUAAAGCAGCAGGUUGUAUUUCAAAGAGCAAAGAGGAGAUUAAAGCUUGCAACAUGGUUUUCUAUUUUCUUUUGGGAAAUGUUUUCUUUUUGAGCGUGUUGUCAGGGUCCUUAUUAGAUGAAAUCGGAGAAUCUUUUACUCACCCCAAGGAUUUUCCUAGUCAUCUGGCUAGUGCUGUCUCUGCUCAAGCAGAUUUCUUCAUGACAUACAUCUUAACAGAUGGGCUUUCAGGGUUUUCUUUGGAGAUUCUUCAGCCUGGCUUACUCUUUUGGGAUGUUAUAAAAUCGAUAACAUUUGGCCGUGGGAAGAAGAAAAAUCCUUAUCUAUAUUCGCUAGCCUACUUUAGGAUUAUUCCUAUGGUCUCAUUGUCAGUACUGAUUGGUACAGUAUAUGCAGUUGUGGCACCAUUGCUGCUCCCAUUUCUUAUUGGCUACUUCUCUCUAGGCUAUGUUGUUUACGUCAACCAGAUUGAAGAUGUAUAUGAAACUGUGUAUGAGACAUGUGGACAAUACUGGCCAUACAUUCAUCUGUAUAUUGUCAUUGCGAUCAUUCUUAUGCAAAUUACUAUGAUUGGUCUUUUUGGACUGAAGUCAAAGCCAGCUGCUUCCAUAUUAACAAUUCCACUCCUCUUGUUAACCCUGAUGUUUAAUGAGUACUGCAAGAAACGAUUUCUUCCCACAUUCCACCAUUACCCUGUCCAGAAUGCUGUAGAAAACGAUGAGCUUGAUGUGAAGAGCAGGCAGAUGGAAGUUAACUACGAGGAUGCAAUUAAUGCAUAUUGUUCCCCAUGUUUGCAGCCUGUAAACUUCCUGGAAUCAGAAUCGAGCUCGACACAACCAUUAGUUUCUUCAUUUCCAUCUGAGUUCUAGCUUGUUUAUUUCCGUCUCCAUUCUUCUGAACUACUUGAUCAACAAACUACGCACUCUUUUGACAUAAGAUGUUGAAUUAUUUCAUCAACAACAAUUUUGUCCAGGAUCCUUCUCUGCUGUUGAGACCAAGAGUAUUAAAUACGUUGUAUGACACUAAG